UUUAUAACAUUGCUUCUUUUCAGCUCUCCAUGCAUCCUGUUUUCUGACUCCCAGAAGAGAGCUGUGCUCAACUGGGCCAAAGAGCUUGGCACUGCCAAUGUCCUGUCACUCAGUGCAAUGAAGAAGUGCCAUAAUUACCUAGAUGAGCUUGUCAGCAAUCUAACUCAGAAGAUGACAUCAUAUGCUGGUGAUGUAUUCUAUAUCAAUAACAUUGCAGAAGCAAUCACAAAGGUA